GUAUGUGUGCAAGAGAGUGAGUUACUCGCCGCUCAUCGUUUAACGCUCGUCGUUCGCCGCUCGCUGCUUUUGCUUUAUUUUUGUGUAGACAUUGUAUUUGUAGUUGGCGGCGAGACCAGAGACCCCAGACCCGUGGCCAGAGCCAUAGCUAAAAGUUGGCGCGCGCUCCGCUCCCACAGCAACAAAAAAAGAAAAAAAAGUAAAGACGACGAAAUUGACAACGACAACGACAGCGACGUUGACUUCGCUCCCCGCUUCGCCACUUCACCACUUCGCCGCCUUGCGCUUAGUUUUAUUUCGUUUCGUUCGUUUCGUACGUUUCGCCUCGCUUUGGUUUCGGUUUCGGAUUCGGUUUGUUGUACUUGAUUUUGUUAGUUUUGUUUUUGGCAUUUUGUUCGAUUUUUUGUGCCGUCGCCGUUGCCGUUGCCGCCGCCUGCAGUCGUCGACCGCCAACGACGACGACGACGUCGACAUCUAAUAAAAAAGCUGCACACGGUCUAUAAAUGUAUGUGUGUGUGUGUGUGUAUGUACAUUGUACAUGCAUAUAUUUAUACAGGAGAGUACCGAGAGUACUUGUAUUAUAGAGCGCAGACUGCGUGGAAAAUGCCAGCAAUAAAAUAACGUCAAAAAAUGUAGUCGCAACUUCAAACAAAACCAAAAGAUACAAAAAAUUAAAAAAAAAAAAAAAAGUGAAGAAAACGCGCGCGCCAAGAAUAAUAUUAAAAAGCGAUUUGUGGAAUAAACAAAACGUGUGUAGCACACGUCGCGUAUACGCAACGUAAAGGAGUCUAAGCAAAAGCAAAGGAAGAAGGGUGCAAAAAGAAGACAAAGACGAAGAAUAAGCAGAAGCAGAAGCUGUAGAAAAAGCGCCAAGUGUUAUUACAAACAGAUUUGCGAUUUAUUUAAUUAAUUGCAAACUAAGAGAAUUUGUCAACGUCUGCAACAUUUUGCAACAUCAAAUGCAAUUGCUUAAAAAGUGGAAAAUUGUGUGAGUGUGUGUGUGUGUGUGUGUGUUUGGCAAACAUCGCUGCAUUUUGCAAUUUUUUGUCUACAUGCCGCGCUGCAACUGCGCGCAAUAAACUUUUUGAGCAUUAAUAAAAAUCAACAGAAAAUUUAAUUCACCAAGGCAAAAUCGAACCAAAUAAAGAAAAGGAAAUCACAUCUAAUAAACAUUUGGGAUAAACGAAAGGAAACAAAAAUUUGCAAUAAAAGAGUUAAGCCGAAAACGAAAACAUAAAAGGAAAGCCUGCAAUUUCUUGGAACUCCUUAACGAGCUUUUAGAUACAAAACGGAAAUUACAUUUUCAGUCAGGGUUUUCCAAAUGCCAUGUGAAAAUUGCUUGUUUGAGAUCAACUAGAGAGACAACUAAAUAAAGAAAAGAAAAAAAUUCAAUAUAAUUUCAAUUAAAACGAAAACAAACAUAAAUGAGGCAUUUAAGAAGAAAGGAAUUUUAAAUGGGAAACACAAGAGACAACAACAGGAAAAACAAAAUGCGAGCCAUGAAGAGAAACAAGUGAAACAAGCAACAAAGCAGUAAAUAAAGCAAAAACCAAACACAAAGCAAAAAACAAAAAGAAACUGCAAGGAUGUGCAACAAAAGUCAAUAAACAAAAGAAGGAAGAAUAAGGACGCGAAGAGAGCUUAAAACAAAAGCAAGAAAACUGUGUCUGGUCGAAGGACACGGCAAACAACGAGAAACAACAACAACAAAAAUAAAAAAAAGCAACCUAAACAGUAACAACCACAAACAGAAACAGAAAUAACAGAAACAACAACAACAACAACAAAAUGGCCAUAAAUUUCUCGGCCUCCUUUGCGGCCUGCAUAGCAGCAGGUCUGAAGGUUCCCCGCCAGAUAAUGUACUGCAUCACACAGGAUACGGGGCAGCCGUAUGUGCUGUACAAGGACUCGCAGGAUGCGGAACGUAAUGCCGGCGCGAUUGGGGCAAGUGCCGCACAAUGGGGCAGCGAUAUGUAUCCCAAUAUCCAGCAACAGGCGCAGCAGCAUCUCAACGCACAGCAGCAACAACAGCAACAGCAGCAGCAGCAACAACAACAGCAGCAGCAACAACAACAGAACGCAACUGCCGCUGCGCAGGCAGCAGCGGCAGCAGCAGCAGCGGGACAACCGCAGAGUCCCCCCGGCGGAGGCCAAGAGCCGCGCGACAAUGGCAGCGGCGAUGGGCGGCAACAGCAGGUGUCGCCCUCGUCGAGUCCAUAUCCUUCGGUGCAACAGCAGCAGCAGCAGCAACAACAACAGCAGAGAGCCAAUGGCAAUGCCGACGACGAUGCCAUGAAUCAGCUUGCCAAUCAACAGAACUCCGCGCCAAAUCCAAACCAAAGCAGCAACGAGCCGCAGCACGCUGCCACAAAUGGUGGCGAGGCUGGACAGGGGAAUCCGCACGUGCAACAGAAUGGAGGCGGCGGUGGUCAGCCGCAAGGGGAUCCCGGCUUCCAGACGCCCGACUAUUAUGCGCCGCGUCAUGGGGCGCCACAGGGUGGCAUGCUGGCGCCACCUGGCUUCCCGCCACUGCACUAUCUCAACAAGGGCGUCCUGCCGAUGGAACAAAAUGGCGGCGAGUCGUACGCGUUGCCAGAGUUGUUGCCGGGCCAACAGCAGCAGCAGCAGAAUGGGGCGCCACAGAAUGGAGCUGGCAAUCCGAAUCAGUCGAAUGGCAAUGCCAAUGAGAGCGCAACGGCUGCAAAUGGUGGCGCCACGGGCGGUGCGGCGGGGACAACGGGAACGCCGAGUGGACGGUCGGGACCUGGACGUCCGCAUAAGAAUAAGCCGCACAGCGAUUUGCGGCUGUUCAAGUGCCUCACGUGUGGCAAGGACUUCAAGCAGAAGAGCACACUGCUGCAGCACGAUCGGAUACACACGGACGCUCGACCAUUUCCCUGCUCCGAGUGCGGCAAGCGGUUUCGCCAGCAAUCGCAUCUGACGCAACACCUGCGCAUCCAUGCGAAUGAAAAGCCAUUCACCUGCCCGUACUGCUCGCGCAGCUUCCGACAGCGCGCGAUUCUCAAUCAACACAUACGCAUCCAUUCGGGUGAGAAGCCCUUCGCCUGCCCCGAGUGCGGCAAGCACUUUCGCCAGAAGGCCAUCCUCAAUCAGCAUGUGCGCACCCACCAAGAUGUCUCACCGCAUCUCAUAUUCAAGAACGGUCCCCACCCGACGCUUUGGCCCUCGGACGUGCCGUUCCCCGGCGAGGAGACGGACACAAAGGGAGACAUUACCGUUGCCAGUGGCGGUUACCAUGACGAUGAUUCGCAGGGUACUCCCGACGGCAGCGGUGGCAUGCAUUAUCCCUCGUACUUUAAGGAUAGCAAGGUAGGUCAAAAGAUUCUACCCGAAGUCCUGCAACAUAUUGGAGUGCGGCCAGCCAAUAUGCCGCUCUACGUGCGCUGCCCCAUCUGUGACAAGGAGUUCAAGCAGAAGACGACACUCCUGCAGCACGGCUGCAUUCACAUCGAGUCCCGGCCGUAUCCCUGUCCGGAGUGCGGCAAACGUUUCCGCCAACAAUCGCAUCUCACGCAGCAUCUGAGGAUCCAUACGAAUGAGAAACCCUUCGGCUGCAUGUACUGUCCGCGAUUCUUCCGGCAGCGAACCAUUCUGAAUCAGCACUUGCGCAUCCACACUGGAGAGAAGCCGUACAAGUGCAGCCAGUGCGGCAAGGACUUCAGGCAGAAGGCGAUCCUGGAUCAGCACACGCGUACCCACCAGGUAGGCGAUCGUCCUUUCUGCUGUCCGAUGCCCAAUUGCCGGCGACGCUUUGCCACUGAGAAUGAGGUGACGAAGCACAUUGACAACCACAUGAAUCCGAACAGCACCAAGGUGCGGCGGCAGCAGCAGCAACAGCAGCAGCAACAGGUGCAACAGCAGCAACAGCAGCAACAACAGCAGCAGCAGCAACAACAGCAAGUGGUGCAACAGCAGCAGCAACAGCAACAGAAUGUUGCUGCCUCGGCAGCAGUUGUGGCAAAUCAUUUGAUGAACGACGUCAAGAGCUUGGCGGCCCAACAAUUCCUCAACAACAACAAUCCCGCCACGGUGGACAACAAGGCCAACAUAUUGCCGGUGAGGAGCAUGGCGGCCAAUGCGGCAGCAGCUGCUGCAGUUGCACAGCAAUCGGUGGUGAAGAAUGAGCUCUACUUUCCACAAUGCUACGGCCCGCCCUUUCAGCAUCCCUUCCACGCCCAGCAGCAGCAGCAGCAGCAACAACAGCCGAGUGCGGCACAUGCCAAUGGCGGACCGACGCCGCCGGUGACGGUCACUGUGGCGAAUGCGGUGGCACCGGGUGUUGUGGUGCAACAGAAUGCCGCUACCUCUGUGGUGGCUCAGUGACAUCCCACCACUGGAGCAGCUGGAGCACAACAACAGCAGCAACAACAACAACAACAGCAACAGCAACAACAGCAACAGCAGCAGCAGCAACAACCGGUGGCAACAACAACAGCACAUCAUCCGCCGCCAUCAUCGGCGCCGCCGCCAACAGCAAGUCAGCAUCAUAUCACGACGACGGUGGGUGGUGCAGCCGCCACGCCCACAGCCACACACGCCUCAACGGUGGCAGCGCCACAAACGGUGACCUUGUCGAUAACAUUGCCACCGCCGCCGCCGUCGGCGCAUCCGCCACAUCCGCAUGCGGGACAUGCGUUGGCGGGCACGCCCAAUGGCGUUGCACCACCGCCACCGCCGCCAACAUUGUCACAUGCAAUACCCAUACACCCACACAUACACUCGAUAUUCGGAUCUCUAUGAUGUCAUCAGUAAACCAAAUCCUCACAGCAACAACAACAAUAAAGCAUAGCAACAGCUGCAGCCACGCCCAAUUUUUCAUAACAAUUAAACGUAAACGUUUAUUUUGGAUCCGUUUCCAAAUCGAUAACAUAAAAAAAAAAUGUAAUUUUCUUAGUUUAUAAAAAAAAACAAAACAAAGUUUUGGUCAGAUGCAGAGCGAGACAUGAACAGACGAGUACUAGUCUUUUCGAAAAGGACUCUAAACUCCUUUCAUAAUACAUAGA